ACCAGCCAGAGCCCUUCCGCUCCGUCUUAGUCUGCGGUCACAGCUGGGGUUUUCAGAACUUUGCAGGCAGGUCCCGCACCGCGCCUGCCGCCCGCCUGGGAGAUUCCACGCUCCGUCGGACACCAACGCCCCAACUUUCUACAAGCGUCUGUCUCCUGCCCCGUUUGUGUGCGUUUGGGGACUCUCUUGCCAAGGGCUGCGUUCAACUUCCCUGGGUGAACCCAGAACCACGGUGCACGGGAGCGUUCCCACCGCAAGGCAUUUGCUACCGCCUUGCAGCCGACCCUAGAGGAGGCGCUGAGCCUGGAAGAUCCGCAACCCAAGUCGGCCCGGGUCUUUUCUUUCCAGACCCUGGUGCCCGGCCCAGUUUGGCCAGGCCGGGGAUCCGCGCGCUCGGAGAGGGGUCGCGCCGUCGGGUGUAGCGCGCGCCAUGGCCGGCUGCUGCUGCCUGUCCGCGGAGGAGAAGGAGUCCCAGCGCAUCAGCGCCGAGAUCGAGCGGCAGCUUCGCCGGGACCGGAAGGACGCACGCCGGGAGCUCAAGCUGCUCUUGCUGGGAACUGGUGAAAGUGGGAAGAGCACCUUUAUCAAGCAAAUGAGAAUCAUCCAUGGGUCUGGUUACAGCGACGAAGACAGGAAGGGCUUCACCAAGCUGGUUUACCAGAACAUCUUCACCGCCAUGCAGGCCAUGAUCAGAGCGAUGGACACCUUAAGGAUCCCCUAUGUGUGUGAGCAGAAUAAGGAGAACGCGCAGUUAAUCCGAGAGGUGGAGGUGGACAGGGUGUCGGCGCUGUCCGGGGACCAGGUGGAGGCCAUCAAGCAGCUGUGGCGGGACCCCGGGGUCCAGGAGUGCUACGACCGGCGGCGCGAGUACCAGCUGUCCGACUCGGCCAAGUACUACCUGACUGACAUUGACCGGAUUGCCAUGCCGUCCUUCGUGCCAACACAGCAAGACGUGCUCCGGGUCCGGGUGCCCACCACCGGCAUCAUUGAGUAUCCAUUUGACUUGGAAAACAUCAUCUUUCGGAUGGUGGAUGUGGGUGGCCAGCGAUCUGAACGACGGAAAUGGAUUCACUGCUUUGAGAGCGUCACUUCCAUCAUUUUCUUGGUGGCUUUGAGCGAAUAUGACCAGGUCUUAGCUGAAUGUGACAAUGAGAACCGUAUGGAAGAGAGCAAAGCCUUGUUUAAAACCAUCAUCACUUACCCCUGGUUUCUGAACUCCUCUGUGAUUUUGUUCUUGAAUAAGAAGGAUCUUUUGGAAGAGAAAAUCAUGUACUCUCAUCUCAUUAGCUAUUUCCCAGAAUACACAGGACCAAAGCAGGAUGUCAAAGCUGCCAGAGACUUUAUCCUGAAGCUUUACCAAGAUCAGAAUCCUGACAAAGAGAAAGUCAUCUAUUCCCACUUCACCUGUGCUACGGAUACAGAGAAUAUUCGCUUUGUGUUUGCUGCUGUCAAAGACACAAUCCUGCAAUUAAACUUAAGGGAAUUCAACUUAGUUUAGAAGCACUGCCCUUCCUCCAGACCAGGAGACAAUGGUUUGUAAGCCCCUCAUUUUAUUUUCAAGUGCUCUGACAUCAUCGCCUAAGCCAGGCCCUUGUCCCAGGCACCAAGGACAUCAUGCAGACCCUGGGAAUAGAGAUGGGUAAUGAAACUUCGAGUUUAGUUUACUAUAACCUUCUAGAGGUUUUAUUUCCAAGUUUUUAAUAAUUAUUUUCUUGACUAAGAUUUGUUUAAUUUUUUAAUUUGAUGUUUUAUAGAAUUUUAAGUGGCCACUGUGAUUUACUUUAAGUAUGUUUAAUAGUAGGCACUAAAAAUCAUUUAAGAGAGGGGCCUGCUAACUUACAGAUUAUGCCUUGAGACCUCCAGGAUUAAUUUGGGUCUUUUUUUCCUCAAAGGAAUAUAAAUGCGUUUAAAGCUUUUUUAUUAAGUCUUAGAGACAUUUUCAAUUGUUUUUCUCUUAUGCUGCAGAAAGACUACUUUAACAUGCCACUGAAAACAGUUCUUUUUGUGUUAAUUUUCUAAGCCAAAUUAACGAAUUAGUACCUCUAAAUAUUAAGAAGGCUAAAAUUUAAAAUGUGCUGGCUGGGUUUUUCUAUACAUUCUAUUUACAUAAUGACUCUGAUUUGAGCUUUCUAAGAGCAUUUGCUCAGGAGGAAGAAAAAGUAUCCCGUAAUAGUUCCUGGGGCUCACAAUGCCCUCUCAGGGCAGCUGUCCCAUGGCAAAAGAUCGAAGUGAAGCAGUGUCCCUCUUGUCCCCUCUCCCUGUUCUGUUUUUACUUGAAGCAUUUCUAAACAACAACUGCAAAAGCAGGUUUGGGUAUUAGAAACUAGAUGACCACGACCACGCCAACUCAGGAGUGUGUGUCAUUUGGUUCCUGGAAAGGAGUGGCAAGGAGCAGCCCUCAUCUAUGGGACACUGUGAUGGAACCAAGGACUUCCAUCGAUGCCCCACGUGCACAGGAACAGCGAGGUCUGCCAGGCUCUAAGGUGGUGGCACCAAUCUUCUGAUAUAACACAGAACUAGCUGGGGAUUGAAGUGGCUCAAGGAUGAGCAGAUUUUUAACCAUAUUUGUGGGGCACAUUAAUAUUCAACAGUUUGAAAUUCAUGUAUGCUGCAAAACUGUGGCAAACUACAGCCCUAGACCCACAAAGCCCUCCUUGUGGGGAUGCAUAAUUUGCAAAGUAGCCGAGUCAAUUAUGAAUAGUCUCCUGCAUCCCGAUGAUGCCUCUCCAUUAUGCAUUCUUUUCCAGGGCACCUGACAAGGGCAUUCCUGUCUUAUGGAGGUUCUCACUUUUUCUUCUUUUUAAAGCAGCAAGAAAUUAUGAUUCAAGGAUCUGAAACCCUAAUGUUACAGGCAAAGCCUCAUUUUUAUGGAAUAUAAAACACUGUUUCCUCCACUUCCAAGAGCUCGCUGAGAGAAGCCACUACUAAGUCAUGUUCCUGUAGCAUUUCUGGGUAGUGGGACACUGCUCGCUCGAUCCUUGCUGAGGACCAUGUCUUGCACUUCUGCCAUUCCACUUACUCUAGAAUUGGGGCAAUCUGUAAUUUGAUACCAGGGUGAAUAUCCUGUUCUGCCUUGCUGAUGUAGGGUGUCCUGUAACCUCCUUCUCUUUAGGAGACAGGACUGUCCAGAUUCCAUCUUGUUGGCCAGCUCUUCCACAGAGAUUCUAUUAGUUUCAGUGACUAAAGGGUCAGAAGUAACUCCUUCUGCAGUUUUUUGGGUCUUGAAAAUAUUAAGAACAACUUCUCGCAGCUCUUGUAUUGGUGUUGCCCUCUUUUUAAUGGCCUCUUCAUAUAGCCCCGUGACAUCAAAGGUGCCUUUACUUGCCAACAACUUUGCUUUGCAAAUCCAGAAUUUAGCAAAAUUUUCAGCCUCAGGAAUGCUGGACAGUAUGGCAAGUAUGUCAUCGGAGGGCGUACCCUCUUCAAUGAGCUGCAGACAUUCUGUCAGUUUUGUUGAUUUUAUUGGACAGCUCAAAUUGAGCUUUCUUUUCUCUUCAAUGCUCUUCCAGAAAUAUUCAUUUCCUCUAUUAUUUUUCUUUUUAAGUUCCAUAAGAGGUUGCUUAUAGAUCUUCCCCUUAGAUUUCUGCCAUUCUUCCGGUUGUUUCCUUUGAUCUUCUGCUAUUCCUAUUCGUGGCUGUGACUCCAGCUUGAGUUUUGGGAGCUGUUAUGCUCAGAAAACUCUUCUGAGGAAGAGCCCUUUUCAAGUUGGAGUCCAAAGUCUGCUUUUUGUUGAAAGCUGUUGCCAUACUUAUUGUCACUGGUUCUAUUUGCUUUUUUUUUUUUGACAGGCAGAGUUAGUGAGAGACAGAAAGGUCUUCCUUUGCCGUUGGUUCACCCUCCAAUGGCUGCCGCGGCCAGCACUGAUCUGAAGGCAGGAGCCAGGUGCUUCUCCUGGUCUCCCAUGGGGUGCAGAGCCCAAGCACAUGGGCCAUCCUCCCCUGCACUCCCGGGCCACAGCAGAGAGCUGGCCUGGAAGAGGGGCAACCGGGACUAGAACCCGGGGUGUCGGUGCCGCAGGCAGAGGAUUAGCCUAUUAAGCUGCGGCGCCGGCCCUCUAUUUGCUCUUAAGUUGGGCAUGCUUGGAAUGACUGAAUGAAAGCUGCAAAUGGUCAGACUAGGCUUCUGGUUUAUUGCUUUCAUUUUUUGCAGUAUGCACAAUGUCUGGGGUCUAAAAUAAGGCUGUGUGGAUUUCUGGUCUGCCUGGUGCUUGUAGGUCUGUUACAUAUUCCCUGAACAAAAUCGGGGUAUGUCCUGGGUUUGGUAUGUUUUGCUUUCUGUUCAGUAAAGGGUUUUGACUUUAACUUAGCUUCACUUUGUCUUCCAUGGUUACCCCGUCAGCGUUUGUAUCCUUGACCUCUGGCUUCUCUGACCCUUGGAUCCUACUAAGGGUCUGAAUACCAUGAGUGGGAACUGUCCUCGGGGGUUUUCCUCCUGGCCUUACGAGAUCUCUAGAAAGCUGCUGUGAUUUCAGUGGUAUAGCCCCGAUUCGUGUUUCUCCUACAGUUUAUUAACUGUUUCAGAACUGCGCUAUUCACCAAACUUUUGCCCACACCUUUUUAGGAGCAAAACUGCUCUUGGUUUGACUACACUAGUUAAGUCUUUGCCUUACUUACAUGAUUCAGGGCCUGGUUUCCUCUGAGGUUCUGAUAAAGUCUAGGGCAAGUUCUCUUUCUCUUUCAGAAAGCUAUCUGAGGAUUCCUUUUCAACAUGGGUGUUGUCCACAGAGGCUGUACAUUAAGUGACCCCUUUGGUUUUCCUGACAGUUCUCCUGCAGUGGACAGUCUGGCUUCAUGGUGCUGGUGACUCUUACUGGAAGGCUAACAGCUUGGGUUAGAAGAAACAUGCCCAGAAUUUGGGCAACUAUUCUUGGCUUUUAGAUAGGCUUGGUGUUCUAGUCCUUCAAUUUCCCCUUGGCUGCUCGGUACUCCUGGUGCUUCCACUGCAGCAGAGGCGGGGCUGUGUCCCGGGCCCACCAUGACUCCUGAGACAGGUUUUCUUCAAAGGCCCCUCUAAUUUAAUUUUGCCACAAUCUGACCAUCAAAGGGCCAAAGCUGACAUAUGGUGAAUGGGCAUAUAGCAUGUAUGUUGUAUUGGUGAAAACUGUAUAUUAUAUAUAAUACAUAUUCUAAUGUUUAUGACCAGGCCUUGUACACUUACCAAAUGGCUAUGUUUGAACUAUGUAUGCUAUGACUUUCUGAGGAGGCUAAGAAUAUACCAUUCUACCACUUGCACAGGACUGUGUUGUAUUUCUUAGAGCUCAUGGUUGGUUGAUAGUUCUGCCCCUACAGAGAAAAAUGCUGUGGCCUUAACAGUAACUCUGAAACUUGCCUUAAGAGGAAAAAAUGGGAAAGGCUGUAUUCACUGUCAUUAUAUUGGGAGUUCCCUUAGUAGCUGGUUUGGUAAAGCAGAAUCCUCUAGAAAGUACAGAGGACUUCACACUAAAGAGCCCGACGAUUGUUUCUGCUUCUCAUCUCAAGGCACACACAACCUUUAGGGAUUUAAGGUGUGAUAUGUCUGACUUAGAAUGGUUUGCCUUCAUUAUGGUGUGAAAAUGUUCAAUAAAAAACUUUCAGUUUGG